AUGCCACGUAUUAUGAUAAAGGGUGGCGUUUGGCGCAAUACGGAGGAUGAAAUUCUUAAGGCUGCUGUGAUGAAAUAUGGGAAAAACCAAUGGAGUCGUAUAGCAUCAUUGCUGCAUAGGAAGUCGGCGAAACAGUGCAAAGCACGUUGGUUUGAGUGGUUAGAUCCAAGUAUUAAAAAGACAGAAUGGAGUCGAGAGGAAGACGAGAAGCUUCUACAUUUAGCAAAAUUGAUGCCUACUCAGUGGCGUACGAUAGCUCCGAUCAUUGGUCGUACUGCUGCGCAAUGCUUGGAAAGAUACGAAUAUCUACUAGAUCAAGCUCAAAAGAAGGAAGAAGGAGAGGAUGCAGCUGAUGACCCUCGUAAGCUUAAACCUGGUGAGAUCGAUCCAAAUCCUGAAACAAAACCUGCACGUCCAGAUCCAAAAGAUAUGGAUGAAGAUGAAUUGGAAAUGCUUUCGGAAGCUCGUGCUAGACUCGCAAACACUCAGGGUAAAAAAGCAAAGAGAAAGGCUCGCGAAAAGCAGCUGGAGGAGGCUCGCAGACUUGCGGCGCUGCAAAAACGCCGGGAAUUAAGAGCUGCAGGAAUCACGGUUUCGCAAAAAAAUAAACGCAAACGUGGUGUUAAUUACAAUACUGAAAUACCAUUUGAAAAGCGACCUGCACCUGGAUUUUAUGAUACAUCUAAUGAACACGUUGAUCCACUUGCUGCUGAUUUUUCUAGAAUGCGGCAACAGCAUUUAGAUGGAGAAUUACGACAAGAUAAAGAAGAAAUGGAACGACGGAAAGAUAAACAGAAAUUAAAGCAGAGGAAGGAAAAUGACAUUCCAAUGGGAAUGCUUAAUAAUCAAGAACCUCUUAAAAAAAGGAGUAAACUUGUUUUACCAGAACCACAAAUUUCUGAUCAAGAAUUGCAACAAGUAGUCAAGCUUGGGCGAGCAUCUGAGGUUGCAAGAGAAGUGGCAUCUGAAAGUGGUGUAACUUUGUCCGAUAGUUUGCUUGCUGAUUAUUCAUUGACGCCAAAUGCUGCAGUGACACCACGUACACCUGCUGUUACAGACAGAGUGCUUCAAGAGGCCCAAAAUGUAAUGGCUCUUACACACGUUGAUACACCAUUGAAAGGUGGCUUAAAUACUCCACUUCAUAAUUCGGAUUUCACUAGUGUUACUCCAGUAGCAAAUGCCGUAGCCACUCCGAAUACUGUACUGGCAACACCAUUUCGUUCUCAACGAAGUGAUGCUACACCUGCAAAUUCAUUUAAUACUCCAGCUUCUGUACGAUCGCAAGGUGGAGGAAUAGCGCCUACACCAGUUCGUGACAAGCUUAGUAUUAAUCCAGAGGAUGGAUUAGAAGGUUCUGAAACACCCAAUGUUCAAAAACAAGUAAAGGAGCAAUUACGCGCUGGUCUCAGUACAUUGCCUACACCUCGUAAUGACUACGAGAUAGUUGUACCUGAAGGGGAAAAUGCAGAGGAGAAUGGACCGAUAUCAGCUAAUAACGUAGUUGAGGAUCAAGCUGACGUAGAUGCUCGGCGACAACAAGAAUUGCUUGAACAAAAAAAAAAGGAUUUAGCAAAAAGGUCGCAAGUAAUACAACGAGAUUUACCACGUCCGGUUGAUGUAAAUAUGAAUGUUUUGAGGCCAUUCAUGGAUUCUCCACUGACUGACCUGCAGAGGGCUGAAGAGCUAAUCAAAAGAGAAAUGAUCACAAUGCUUCAAUAUGAUGCAAUGCAGAAUCCGAUGGUACCAAACACAAAACGUGGAGCGUCUUCUUUAGCACAGGCACAAGGCUAUUUAGAACAACAUCCUUAUGUUAAUUAUGAACCAGAUGAGCUCACUGCUGCCAAAAAGCUUUUGUGCGAUGAAAUGGCAGUUGUAAGGGAGGGCAUGGCACAUGGAGAAUUAAGCUUAGACGCGUACACUACAGUAUGGGAAGAAUGUUUAUCACAGAUAUUAUAUUUGGAUACUCAAAAACGAUACACGAGGGCUACUUUAGCUUCGAAAAAAGAUAGAGUGGAAGCAUGUGAAAGGAAAUUGGAGGAGAAUCGUGUACACAUGACUGGUGAAGCUAAACGAGCUGCUAAAAUGGAGAAAAAAUUAAAAAUUCUUACUGGUGGAUAUCAGACACGUGCGCAAGUUUUGACAAAACAACUUCACGAUCUGUGGGAGCAAAUUGAGCAGGCUCAUCUUGAACUAUCGACAUUUAAAUUCUUACAAUCUCAGGAAGAAGCAGCAAUACCAAGACGAGUGAAUGCACUCGCAGAAGAUGUUAAUAGACAGACAGAACGUGAACGUACGUUACAGACUCGAUUUGCACAACUUCAGGAACAAUUACAACAAUUACAAAUACAAUAGUAAUCGCAUAUGUCGGAGUAGAUGUAACAUCAAGACAAGGAAGUAUUAGAUUCUAUGAAUCUGCAGCGAUUACCCAUCCCAUUCCAGAUUUAUACAUAUUACAUACAUAUUUGAUAAUGACAUGAAUGAUUCUAUGGUUGAUAUAUUACUUUCUGAAUUAUUACACUAAGUUUUAUGCCAUAACUUUCACUUUUAUGUGUGUGCAAAAUAACAGAAUGUAAAUUAUCAGAAUAUCAUUUCAUUGCAGUUUCAAUGAUUUAUGCUAUUAUGUAUGCUUGAAAAUUUAAAUUUAUAUUAUAAAAUUGCUUUUAUUUAGAAAAUAAUAAGAAUAUCCCAUA